AUGGCUACGUUCGGGACGCACGAGCAAUCGAUUGUCAAUGCCAUCGACAGACUGGAAACAGCAAGGACUCAGGUGGGUUUACACUUACUUGAUCCUUUCGUCCCUGACGGUUCGGUUAGUGAGCAGCUCCAUCAGCUCCACGAACGUCAGGAGGUUAUUUGCUCGCAUAUUUCUCGUCUUGAUGUAGCUCUUUCUCUUCUUCGUGAACGUUGUAAUGUAAUGUUAUAUCAUGUCUCUCUACCUUCCUCGACAGAGGAAGAACGGAGGGCAUACGAGUUACUCUUGGAGAAGUAUCAGCCUACGAAAGUUCAAGAGGAGGCUGAGACUCUCAUUCAUACGUUACGGUUGGCUCGAGAGGCGUGCGAAAAUACCAUCCAAUCCAUCCGUCUCCAACAGCUUGCUACCGUCAUUGCCGAUGACAACGAGGCGACAACACCUGUCUCGUUGAUGGAAUCUUCACGUCGUUCUUCGGAGCAUCAAGAAGUCGCAAAUAACGGAGUGCAACGAAGAACUGACGUCACAUCACAGAUUGAGGAUCGACCUGUCAAUCCGACAGAACAGCUUAGUCGACUCCACAUUGGCGAUUCCACACACCAAUCUGCUAGGGAUAGUCAACCAUCGCAAGAUACGGGAAUAGUUCCUCCAACGUUUCGGUUGCCCAUUCAGUUGGAGAAACUUUCAUUGCCUACUUUCGAUGGGGAAGCUACGAAGUUUCAGCAGUUUUGGUGCGCCUUCGAAAUGGCUGUUCAUAAGGACGAGACGAUCGACCCUAAUAUGAAGUAUCUCUACCUACAGAGUCUCCUAAAGGGAGAAGCGGAGAUAGUACUUCAGGAUAUGGAGCCAGGAAAGAACAACUACAAUCAGCUUGUCCAAGCGCUGAAGAAACGCUACGAUUGCCCAAGAAGAACUAGAGCCUUGUUGCAUCAACAACUUCAACAGCUCCCGCAGGCAUCCGAAGCCGCAACGGACAUGCGUAAUACCUGGUUCAGAUUAUCCGGAAUACUACAUUCACUUCGGAGAUUUGAGGAUCUCAACAAAGUCCUUUCUAUCAUCGAUCUUGUACGGAGUAAGUUUCCCUCGUUCAUCCAGGAGAAGCUUACCGAUACGGAGUACCAACGAGGAAAGGAUCUUGAUCUCCAGCAGGUGAUGGCUUGUCUAGACGACAUCAUCACUGCGAGAGAGAGGUUCGAAAUCACGUGCCCAAGAACGGAGAUAUGUACUGUAGGCAGAGAUCGUAAUCACAACUUGCAGGAAGAGCAAGAUCACAACUCACAUCACAGCACGCAACGGAGACGUUCAGGAACACGCUCACGCUCACAUUCAGGACCAUCACGUGUGACUUACGACCCUACUAGGUGUUCUUUCUGCGAUUCCACGUUUCACAGAACUUCGCGAUGUACAGAGCACAUACCAGCUUCCGUACGGAGGAAGAUAGUAUCCGUGUAUGGACUGUGUUUUGUGUGCUUACGUCAAGGACAUAGACGAGGUUCUUGUGACUAUUCGUCUUGUAGAACUUGUGGAGGAAGACACCACCCUCUUCUUUGUAUUCUUUCUCGAAGUGGAGGACGUACUUACGCAAGUAACUAUAGGUCGCUUAGUCGGGAAUUGCAGGAUUAUAGAGCAAGGUAUCGCUCCCGUAGAGACUCAUAUCCAUCUAGGAGUCCAGCACGGCAUGGUUCAAGAUCCCGAGACUAUUCUCGAGGUCGUACCUAUCACCGGCGCGAAAGCAGCUAUAGGAGUAGGUCGGAUACAAGAUCGCGAUCACCAUCAGAUCACGUAUCCUUCAGAUUACCUGUUAGAGGACACGAACACGACUCUUCGCCAAGAGAUCGUCGUCGAAGACCAUACCGUUCUCUAUCACCUUCGGCUCAUCAUCUAGGAGUCACAUCGGAUAGUGAGUACGAAGAUUACGUUCAAAGUUACGUGCGCUCACAAUUAGUUAGUAGACCACAUUCACAUUCACAUCCCACAUUGAUGAUGGUCAAGGCUAAGGUUUUGGACGCUCAGGAUGGGUUACAGACUGUUGUUAUCCUAUUGGAUUCUGGAUCUCAAUGUAGUUUCAUCACCAUCGCAGCUACAGAUAGACUUGGUCUUCAGGUUAAGAACAGGAAACCGCUCACGUUAGUCACAUUCGGCGGUUCGAGGACAACGGAGGUUUUAGGAACGGUGGAAGUCACCUUCGUCGAUUUGCUCGACAAACGACUAACAAUCCUUCUUCGUACGAAGGAUCGACUUACAUCUAGUCAUCGUUCUCCUCAGUUGUCACCAGAGGACAUUAAGUUUAUUAACGAUCUAGGAUUCGAUAAGCCGGUCUGUUGUACAUCUACAUUCGUCGAACCAGACGUCUUGAUCGGAAUCGACUACCUCUGGGAGAUAGUCACUCAGGAAGCAUCUGUCUGCCUUCCCUCAGGGUUAGUCCUCACACAUACCAGAUUUGGUACCGUUGUCUCAGGUAUUGCUGACUCGCCAUACGAUGACGACAACGCCGAACUCGACGCUCACAUCCUCAAGCAGUUUGAGGACACAUCACAGGUAAGUGACGGAUACCUCUAUGUUAGGUUCCCUUGGAAAGAAGAUCAUCCACGAUUGGCCGACAACAAGCAGUUAGCGUAUUGUCGAUUGGUCAAUCAAUACCAGAGGUUACACGAGCAAGGAAACGCUUGGGAAGAUUACUGUAUGGCUAUCGAUCAACAUUUGCAGUAUGGGUUCAUCGAAGAGGUAAGUGAAUACAAAUUUGACAGUCAUUUAGUGUAUUACAUCCCACACCAAGCUGUCUACAAGGAGUCUUCUUCUACCACAAGGCUCCGAGUAGUUUUCGAUGCCUCAUCACAUAUGAGAGGUGUUCCCAGCUUGAAUGAUUGUCUUUACGAAGGCCCUUCCUUGUUACCAGAUAUUGCAGGUGUUCAUUUAAGAGCUAGGCUUCAUAGGUAUCUUCUUACGGCGGACGUUGAGAAAGCUUUUCAUCAAGUCCGUUUACAAACAUCGCAGCGUGAUGCCACACGUUUCCUCUGGCUAAAGGAUACGACUCUACCACCAUCCAAGGAUAAUUUGCGUCAUUACCGUUUCACAAGAAUCCCGUUCGGCGUCAAAUCAUCUCCAUUCAUGUUGGCAGCAGCAAUCCGGUUCUACCUCAAGCACAUCGAUUCUCCUCUUCGGAGCGAGAUCGAGAGAAACACAUAUGUGGACAAUGUCAUUCUAGGUGCUUCUUCUAAUCAAGAAGCUGUACGUAAAUAUAGGAUGGCAAAGUCUACAUUCGCUCACAUGCACAUGAAUCUUAGAGAAUUCUUGUGCUCUUCACACGUAGUUAAUGAUCACAUUCACACACGAGAUCGCAUCAAGGAUCCUAAACGUGCCAAGCUGCUAGGAAUUCCGUGGAACCAUUUUAGAGACACACUUCACAUUCCUAUUAAGACCAUAUGUGGCCGUGUAUACUCUAAGCGUACAGCACUUCGAGCGUACGCAUCCACAUAUGAUCCUUUAGGUCUUCUUACACCAUUUCUAGCAUCUGCCAAGCUCUUCAUCCAAGAUUUAUGGCUGAAGAAGCUUAAAUGGGAUGACGAAUUGGAGCAAGAGGACUUACAUAGAUGGUCACGUAUUCUUUCAGACUUGGAACAUCCGUUACCUCACAUUCCUCGAUGCGUUACUCCUAAUCACAGGACAACGUACGAAUUGUGCAUCUUCGGAGACGCUUCUAAACGUCUUUAUGCCAGUUGUGCUUAUCUAGUGUGUCGAUCAUCCAACGUAUUUACAUCGAACUUAGUUAUGGCGAAAUCACAUCUCAAUGAGACUAAGCCUCUAACUAUUCCUAGGAUGGAACUGCUAGCAAUUCGGAAUUGUGUCUUUCUCGCGCAGUAUCUCCAUAAAGAAUUGGAUCUCACACUCACAUACAUCCACUUCUUUACGGAUUCACAGAUCACACUCCAUUGGAUUCAUUCGUCCAGACCGCUAAGGCAAUUCGUUCACAAUAGGGUAAGUUCUAUUCAUAAGAUCUUAUCCUACUUUCAGGACAAAGGAGUGCCUACCAAGUUUCAUUUCGUCGCAUCCGAAGACAAUCCAGCAGACUGCGCUACGCGAGGACUAGCUACGAAAGAUGCGAAGAAUCAUAUUUGGUGGACAGGACCAUCUUUUCUACGACGAUGUCCGGAACAAUGGCCUCACAGCGAUAUGGAUUUCACAAUCCCUCCAGUUACAACGAAGGAGCAGGAUCAAGAAUUCAUGGAGGUAAGUUUAAUUCGAGAAAGUUCACAUUCUUCGGUUUUACCGUUUCGUAUUGUUAGUAGCUAUGUUAGACUUGUUCGCAUAACUAUUUACGUUCUUAAGUUUUUACGUUGCAAGUUAUUUGAUCGUGUUAAUGUUCAAUCUCAAUCUUGUCUCUUGCGUAAUAUCCCGUCCCUUCGGGACAUACUUUCGCACAAAUCACUCACAGCCCCAGAAUUCAUAGCCGCAGAGACAUUAUUGAUUCGUGAACAUUAUCGCGAAAGUGAUCACAUAUUGGAAAAGUACAAACUGGACCGUUUCAAUGCGCAUAUGGACGAGAAAGGUCUCAUAAGAUGUCCAUCUCGUAUGGAAAAUGUCCAGGUCACAGCACCAAUUUUAUUGGUGCCCUCACAUCGUUUCACAUAUCUUGUAAUCAUGCAUGCUCACAUUUCACAGUAUCACGUAGGUGUAUACGGACUCAUAUCACACUUAAUCACACGCUAUUUCAUACCUUCUAUCCGUCGUACCGUUAGGAAAGUUUUGCGCACAUGUGUUACGUGUAGAAAGGUCACUGGAUACGCAUAUCGAUAUCCAGAUAUGCCAAGCCUACCGGAGGAACGGGUCAAGAGAUCUCGACCAUUCCAAAACGUAGGACUUGAUUAUCUAGGACCUAUCUACUAUAGGGAUACUAACGGUAUACGAUCGAAAGUAUGGAUAUGCCUUAUCACAUGCAUGGCUACAAGAGCUGUACACUUGGAAGUUGUCAACUCGAACACUACUCAAGAUUUCCUUUUAGCUUUUCGCAGGUUUAUAGCUAGACGAGGAACUCCACAUCUCGUCUAUAGUGACAAUGCUACUACGUUCCAUUCGGCAAAGGAUACCUUGGAUAAGGUUCUCUUCACACCGACAUUAUGGAACAAGAUCGACAGUUUCCUUACUAACCAUAGGAUUGCAUGGAGAUUUAUUACACCUCUAUCACCUUGGAAAGGAGGAUUCUACGAAAGGCUUGUCGCACUCUUUAAAUCUGCAUUCGUAAAAGCUAUAGGACGUCAACUGCUCAAGUUGGAUCAACUUCACACAGUGGUAGUAGAAAUUGAAGCGAUCAUUAACUCUCGCCCUAUCACACCUUAUAGAGAAAAUGACGUUUCAAUUCGCGUACUGAAGCCUAACGACUUCAUUUCCCCAGAAGUUAGUCUUCAGCUACCACCAAGAUUACUGGUGGACGACAUUGCUGUUAGUGGACAUAGGUUAGCUGACUGGUAUAAGCAGACAGUCACUGUUCUAGACUCGUUCUGGGACAUUUGGCAUACUGACUAUCUGUCAGCACUUGUCCAAAGACAUCAACGCCGUCUACGGCAACCCAGAAACACAUCAAUACGUCCAAAAGUUAACGAUGUGGUCAUCAUUGCGGACGACAAGUUACCUCGAGGACAAUGGCAAUUGGGAAUCAUCGUCAAGCUCAUACAUGGUUAUCGCAAUGGAGUACGGGCAGUGCAAGUUCGUACAUGCAAAGGUAAGUUGCUUCACAGGUCGCUAAAGCAUCUUUACCCUUUGGAGAUAACCGCUCAAGGCGAUUAUGUCCCAAGAGCUAAACGUCAUAAGGUACGAGGAACAACUUCACCGACGAGGAUUCAACCACCAAGAAGAGCGAAAAACAUUCGGUCGUAUUCUGUGUAA